GUGGAAUGCAUGCACACACACACAUACACACACACACACCAGCCUGUCCCUCACACAGUGAAUAGCACAUGCUCAAACACACACACACGUAUCCGGCCCUUGUCCCCCUCCUCUCGCUGCAGCCAUCUCAGAGGCACUGACCACAAAACUUUCCACCGCCCCCUGCGGCUGACGCGUCCAGAGGAUGCUGAGGCUGAGCUGAGCUGGCCUCACGGAGCCGUCCAGAGAGCAGGGACCAUGGAGCAGCUGCCAGCCCUGAGCACCGUCCUCUGCAUCGUCCUCCUCAUUCCUACCUGGUAAGCAGGUCUCACAGUCCUUCAGAGCCCUGCUGCCCUCCGAGCGUCCCCCGGUGAGACCGCGACACUUAACUGCUCCUUAGAGAACACACAGGGCAGCAUGGCCAAAGUGACCUGGACCAGAGCACCCGGAGUCGUGCUGGAUUCUGCCCAUCCCUUCUAUAGGGGGCGGCUCCGUAUGUCCCACCUGGAUCUGCUCCAGAAAGGGGAGGCCACACUAACCCUGUCGGAGCUGGAGCAGCGGGACUCUGGUCUCUACCAGUGUCACAUCAGCAUCCGCAAGGGAGAGAGCGGGACGGGAGCGGGCACCAAGCUGCUGGUGACGCGGAGAAACCAGAGUGACACAGGUGAGGUGGGGAACGCGGGCACGGGGCCUUCCUCUGCUCCGGCCCCAGCUCUGGCUAGCUGCGCCCGGGAGCUCCUGUACCAGGUCACCAUCGCCCUGGGGCUCCUUCUCAUCCUUGGCCUGGUGGCCACCCUCCUCCUGAAGAGACACCGAGGUACCAAACCGAAGCCUUCCCCCUGCUAA